AUGUUGUUUUUGUGUUUCAGGUGCAAAGAUGGCUUGAAAGGAUUUACGUACUCUGCACUAAAAUUCAUUGUAUAAAUCCCCACUCAUUCGUUUUCACCUGAAGCAGCAUUUUCAAAAAUAGAUAAAAAGAUAAAGCACUGUGAAAAAAUACCACAGCCGAUGAACAUACUGGCUCUAACAAAAAAGCUCAUGGACAAAGUGUGCAAACACGGCCCGAGGCAUAGAUGCUGUAAACACUAUGGAGAUAAUUGCAUCUCAUAUUGUAUUAAAGGCUUCAUUAGGAUGUUUAGCAUUGGUUACCUGAUCCAGUGUUGCCUUCGGAUUCCAUCCACCUUCCGGCAUCUGUUUACAGAACCAUCCCGGCUACUUUCCCUCUUCUACAACAAGGAAAAUUUCCAGCUUGGAGCUUUUCUGGGGUCUUUCGUCAGUAUAUACAAAGGUACCAGUUGCUUCCUGCGUUGGGUGCGAAACCUGGACGAUGAGCUUCAUGCGCUUGUAGCUGGGUGUUUAGCAGGAAUUUCUAUGAUGUUUUACAAAAGUACUACUAUCUCUAUGUACCUGGCGUCCAAAUUAGUAGAGACUAUAUACUUCAAAGGCAUUGAAGCAGGGAAGGUUCCCUAUUUUCCUCAUGCAGACAGCAUCAUCUAUGCCAUUUCUACAUCGAUAUGCUUUCAGGCAGCUGUCAUGGAAGUGCAGAACCUGAGACCUUCCUACUGGAAAUUUCUUCUGCGACUAACAAAGGGCAGAUUUGCUCUCAUGAACAGGAAAGUUUUAGAUGUAUUUGGUACAGAAGCAUCUAAGAACUUCAAGGAUUUCACACCUAAGCUUGACCCAAGAUACACGGUUGUACCACCAGAGCUACCGCUGGAGCUGUCUUGAAACUGAUAGUGUAUCUUGUCAUUGAAUGUGAUCAACGUUUUGUCCUGAAAAGUUAAUUAACUUAACAGUCAUAUAUAUGGAGGAGUGCUUGGGCUCCACUUCAGUAUUAUUUCAAUGAGAAAUGCUUUUUACCAAUCAAAAAUACUGAAGCUUUGCAGGAAGAUGUGGCUUAGUGAUGAAGCCCCUUCCAUAAGGAGAAAAUAUUUCUGGAUUACUGUAGUUGGUUGACAGUAUGGUAGAUUCCUGAAUGAAUUAAAUGAGUAAUAUAUUUAGAGAAGAAAAGUAAACCAUAAAUAUUCAUAAUAAUUUCAAAAAUUCUGUAGUUCAUACCAGUAGAAUAUUUCUUGGUAAAACUAAAAGUAAUUCUUAAUUUACAAAGGAAGACAAAUGGCUUAGUUUAGGUCCAAAAUUUUACCUGUUCUUAAAGUUAUUGCAGUCGGGUGAAAAUGCCUCCUUGGCUUUCUAAAUUGCGUCACUGAUUUAUCUCAAAAGAGCCACCGCCCACUCAUUAUUUAAAAUGACAGUGUUUUUACACAGCUAUGGUUACAAAAUAAGGCAUUCCUU